ACAAAUAUAUAAUAACCAACAUAUAUAUGUGAUGAUUUUAAUUUACAGCAUGAAAACUAUAAAAUUAUUAUAUUUAGCAUAAUUAUACAAACAUUUAAAUAUGUGAGUAACAUUAAAAAUAUAUAAUAAUUAUGUAAAACAAAUAUCAUAUAUAGAAAUGUGAAAAUAUAUACCCGCACGGUUGUGCGGGUGGAAAUCUAGUUGAUUGUUAUAAGCAUAAUCGGUAGCUUUGUACAAAUAAUGCACACGUUUUGUAAUAAAGAUUGUGCCCAGCACAUGUAUACGGAUCAUUCAAAGCUGACUUUGAGGAAGCUAAAAGGUGUGUGUAGUAAACAGGAGAUUUAAUACAUCAAGAGGGAAGAUGCUAAGUUGCGGAAGCAACUCAAACUUAAGUUGUUUCCACUUCUUAACAGUGUUGAUAAGUUCACCAGUUUUGAUGAGAUAUAUUACCUUCUCUCCAUCUUCAAGGACCCUUGUGACCCACUCGGCUUACCACCUCCUUUUCUUUCGAAUACAGCAUCGCAUUUGAGCUGUGGAUCAGUGCUUCGAUCUGGAACAAACAGAAUACAUUUUUUCACAAAUCUUCAACCAUCAUCACUCGAACUUCGGCAAACACAGAAGUGAGAGAUAUGUCUCGUGAACUAACCUUAAGAAUUUGGCCAGGCUCUCCCUCUUCUCGGCUUUUCAUGUGUUUGGUCGUGAGGCUAACAUCUUUGAUAACAAUGGUACUGUUGUGGGUAAAGAUCUUAGUGACUUCUCCAGUUUUGCCCUUGUGUGUUUGUAUUUUUUCUGUUUCCAAUGCUUAAGCUGAAAUGGGAAAACUUAACAUACAAACAGAGUAAUGUUGAAUAUAACAUAGCACUUCAAGCUUGUUUCUUAGAAUGGUUAAUGAAUUGUUUGAGCAUAUAUAAUUUAGCUUUACCCCAUCAUGAAGAUAUGUCAAGACUGGGUGCCACGUCUAAAGCAAGUAGGGAUGUUGUCAUGGGCAAAAUUACCCGACCCGGCCCAAACCCGGAAAAACCCGCCCAAAAGAUACCCUAAACUUACUAAUCUGAAAAAGCCCGGUAUCAUUAGGGUAACCCGCGAAAAACCCUAUCUUUAUUUUUUUAGUUUUGUGAGUUUUUAGUUAAAUCUUUAUAGUUUUAAACUAAAUUUGUAUGUAAUUAAUAUUUAAUUUUAAUCAUGUUUUCUAUACAAUUUGAUUAAUUUUCAAUCAUGAUAUAGUCGCAUCGAUUGUUCUAAAUUUAUUAUAAAAGUUGCAACAUGCUUUUGUUCAAAAAAAAAAAAAUAGUUGCAACAUGCCAUGACUUAAAAGACAAAAUCACAAUGAUCUAUAGCACACAGAUAAAACCCACUCAAAGACAAUCACGAUGAUCGGACACAGAAUUGGAUUACGCUGCUAAGUAACAACAAACUAAGCUCACAAACAUUGCAAUUGCGAUGUUAACCAUGACCUAUAGCUCGAUAAGCAAUUGGAGAAGUGUAGGCCAGAAACAUAAACAUAAACAUAAACAUAAACAUAAACAUAAACAUAAACAUGAUUAAACGUCCCAAAGGAUAACAUAAGUACAUAAUAAUAGUUAGACGUAGACAUGGGAAGAGUUGAAACAAAUAUUAUCAAAACAAGUAGCAACUCCUUGCAAGAUAAAAUCUCACCUAAAAGUUUCACAUGUCAACAAAAGACUUGACAUCCUUGAGCCACUGAACACGCUCUCUGCCUUCUUUGUUGGCCAUAUAAUCAACCACAAAUUCAGUAAAGGUUGGCUUGAUCCCUCUGACCUCCAAAAAUCUGUGGAAAGCCUUCUGCAAAUUAUCAUCCAAGUCACUGCCAAAAAAACCAAAACCCAGUCACAUAACAUAUCAAAUCUCAAAAACAAAAUAGUUUUCCAGAAGAUUCAUAACUAUUGUGGUGUUAGAAAGCGAUACAUGUAUUCAAAUACAGAAGAUUCCAGUUUUAUACCUUUUUAGUAUUAUCAAUUACCUUAUCACCGAAAAUAAUGGUUUUUCUAUGCACAAUAUUUGUUUUUUUUGUAUCACCAAUACGUUCUUUCUAACCAUAUCCCUUUGGGUCUCAAUGAUGUUCACAUCCCAACUUUGGUGUCAUGUAAUGUAAUAAUAUCAUAUUCUUAGAGUUUGUCUCAUAUCUCUCAUUCAAUUACUCGGUAUUUUUUAUUGUGUUUGCAUAAAUAUUAGAAUUAAGUAGCGUUUACAUGUUAACAUUGUGUGUGAAAAUUUUUUAUAUUGUCCUCCCAUACCCGAAGAACAAUAUUUGAGUUUUAUUUUUCAGUUUUAAUUAAAAUAUUGUUUUGUUUUGAAGAUGUAAUAAACUCUGUUAAGUCAGACUAUAUUAAAAGAAUGGCUUAUUUGAUGAACAUACGAAAAUAAACAGAGUAAGAUGUUAGAAUCACAUCUUAUGUGUGUGAUUUAAAUAUAUAUGAGACAUUAUCCAUGUCAAAUACAUGAUCAUAUAGUUAAUUAUAAUUCUGUUUAUUCCAUGGAUGUUUCUCCUAAUUAUUCUUAUAACUGUUGGGCCUUUUAUGUCAAACUCAACUUGGCCUUCCAAGGAUUCAUUGCAUUUCAUAUAGCAAAAAUUCUAACCUUUUUCGUAGCAUAUUAAAAAGACGACUCAUGUUUCCAAGAUAAUCAAAUAUAUAUUAAUGUUUUCAAAGUAGAGUCCAAUUUAGAUUCUCUUAACUGUGAAAAAUCAAUUUGUAAAGGCAAGACCCACUUCCAGAUGAUUCAGUUUGAACAUAUAUUUCAAAAACCCAUGGAAACAUUGUGGGAUGAAUGUUCAGAUAUUCAUUAAGACCAGAUCAGUUCCGGAUCAUGUAUUUCAGAUUUUGAGAUUUUUUAUAUCAGGUUAAUAUGUCUCAUUUGUAUAUUUAAUUUUCAAGUUUUUGUGGGUUUGAUUCGAGGGGUUUUUUUUUAUUCGAUCGAAUUUUAUCUGAUGUCCAAAAUCAUCUAAUAAUUUAUCUAUGAAAAUUAUUCAAAAAAUAUUUGGAUGUAUAUAAUGAAAUCGAAAAACUAAUUGAAAACUAUCAAACUGACCAAAAUAUCUGACUUAAACAGAAAAUAUGGUAUAAAAUUAUCUAAACUCUCAAUUCUACAAAAUAUCCAAACUUAUCUAAAAUUAGAUAAUGGGUAAGUUAGUUUAAAAAAAAAUUUGAAUAUCAAAUUGGAUUCUGGUUGGUACGUGUAUUACCCAAUAUAUGUUGCAUUAGAAAUCGGUUUGGAUUCAAAUGUCGAGUUUAGUCAUAAACAACAGACUUAGAACUCUAAUAGAAUCGCAUAGUUAAAUCCUGAACUAGUUAGUAAAUUACAGUAGUCUCAUCACUGCUAAUUAGUAAUCACAUUAAACUUAAUUUAUAUAAUCUUUAGUUUAGUUUAAAAUGAGCAGCGAUAAGAAAUCAAACAAAAUACUGUACAGAGGGAAAAGAAACCAUAUGCACAGAAUAUGGUCACUAAUAUAAAUCUUUAAUCAGAAGUAAAUAAUAAAGGCGGUAACAAUACAGAAUCCAGUCAGCUGUUAUGGUAAAUGAGUUAACCGUGGGUCAACUCUCACACGUCUAAACAUAAAUUUCCCUCGAGUAUUAACGAAAGAAAGAAAGCAAGAAGUAACCUGUCACUAAUUUUCGUUUCCAUUAUUGCAAGAUUCACAGAUUUUCUUCAAUUCUUCUAAACUUCUAUAUAUAUCACUACACAAAUUCCCCCACUAAUCACAAACACACAUAACCUUUUACUCAGAUCUGGCCGCUUCUCCAAAACCAUGAUGGAGCUCAUGAAAAGUCUCUGUUUUUCUUUCAUCAUCGUCGCUUCUUUUACAACUCUCUUCUCUGUAGCUGACGCACGAAGGUUUUACGUCGGAGGAGGUAACGGUGAUUGGGCCAUUAAUCCACACGAGAGUUACAAUACUUGGAGUGCAAGAAACCGUUUCCAAGUCAAUGACACACUCUACUUUAAGUAUGCCAAGGGAUCAGACUCGGUGCAACUAGUGACUAAAGCGGAUUUCGAGGGCUGCAACAUUAAGAAUCCGCUUGAGAAGUUUGACAACGGAGAGGCUGAGGUCACUCUGAAUCGAACUGGUGCUUUUUAUUUCGUAAGUGGUGAUCAAGAUCAUUGUACGAAGGGACAGAAGUUGAUCGUCUCUGUCCUGGCCAUGAGAAAUCAUCCUAACGUUUCUCCGGCGAAAGCUCCGACGACUGCUCAACCUCCAAAAGCUCAUUCCCCUGUUUCUCCAAUUUCUCCGGCGAAGGCUCCGUCAACGGCCCAACCUCCUAAAUCUCCUUCCCCUGUUUCACACAUCUCUCCGGCUACCCCUCCAUCAACAUCUCAGCCACCACAAUCCUCUGUUUCUCCAGCGCCUGAAAAGACUCACCAACGUGGCAAUGUCCUCCUCUUCCCCUGAGGAUGAAGACUGUGUCGUGGCUGUCAAGUUCUUGGGAUCUCAAAUAAGCUUUUGCAGACCAGCUCAGAGAAACUCAGAGUGGACCCCUCUGAGUUUUGAAAGAGAGGAAGGAUAGAGCUAAUGAACCACUUCGCUUAGCAGCACCCUGUAACUCUGUUGUGACACUUGAAUGUUUUGUUCCCGUUGAAUGCUCAACCCACAUCAUAAAUUAUUUCAUACACAAAACAGCUUUGAAGAGAGGAAGGAUAGAGAGAGUUAGAACACAUUUUUGCAUAUAUCAGUGUUGAGAUCCCACAGUGAUAGUAUAUCAUUCCAUAUAUUGUAAGCAAUUGUUGCAAACUUAUUUCAUUCAACAGCUAGCAUGUUCUCUAAUAUUAUAUAUGUACUUAACUAUUAUUGUCACGCUUACAUGUUAGAUUAGCAUGGCUGUAAUAAGCUUAAAUCUGAACCCAAUAUUACUUGGCAACUUGAUCAUAUAUAUAUAUAUAUAUAUAUAUAUAUAUAUAUAUAUAUAUAUAUAUAUAUAUAACUAAACUAAAUACCUAAGCUGUUUUAAAAAGUUAUAGUAUGCCAAAAAUUGUACAAUAGUGGAAUUUUUAUAAGAAAAUCAAAUGUGCCAUACAAUUCAUCCACAUUAGUUUGGUCUGACCGUAAGAUACAUAUAGAAGGCCACAUAUAUUGCUGUUAGACUCACAGGGGUGUCAGCAUGUGGACUGAGCCGUGGUUAUCUACUUCUGAACCUGUAUCCCCAAUAGGGCCUCCUACUCGUGUGAAUCAUCUUUGGAAGGUGUCGGAACUAAUAGACCCUAUCUCUAAAGACUGGAAUGUAGCUGUUAUUAAAGAAAACCUACCUCAGUAUGAGGAGGAUAUCCGUAAGCUCAUUCCUAGCUCCUUCCAGCUGGAAGAUGAAAGAGUUUGGUUACCAAACGCAAAUGGGAGCUACUCAACAAAAUCAGGAUAUGCGAUUGCAAAGCUCUUCAAUGGCAAUGAGAUGGAUAGGGAGUUUGAUUGGAAAAAGUGUGUUUGGCAGGUUGAGACCACUCCGAAAAUUAAGCACUUCCUCUGGAAAUCAAAUUGCAAGGCGCUACCGGUUGGUUCCCUGCUGGAAGCUCGUGGACUCUCGGUUUCUCCAGUCUGUCGACGUUGUGGUGCUCAGGAAACUGAGUUACAUGUCUUACUCCAAUGCCCUUUCGCUGUAAAGGUCUGGGAGUUGGUUCCAGGCCUCCACAAACCAUCACAUAUCAACAUCGAUUCGAUUGGCCAACUCCUUCUACACUGUAGAAGAAUGAUAUCACUCCCUCCAACAGGUUUAGGAGGCACCCCACUGUAUCCUUGGGUAUUGUGGGUUCUUUGGACCAAUCGGAAUAAACUUCUGUUUGAGGAUAAGAAGUUCUCGGAAGAGAACUCAGUGCUGAAAGCGAUUCAAGACGCUAGAGCUUGGAAGGCUGCUCAGACUUAUGUCGAAAAGCCUUCUUUACCACCCGCUGUGGUCCCAUAUGGUCCUCUACCUACUGAUAAUUCUUAUACAUGGUCUGUUUUCUCAGAUGCAGCUUGGGACUCUUCAACAGGUAACUGUGGCAUGGGCUGGCAACUCCGAGAUUCCUUGGAUGUGUGCGCAGAAACAUCUUCCUCUCACCGACGUUUUGUGCCCUCGGCUCUUGUGGCUGAGGCUCUGGCGGUUAAAGCUGCAGUAACGGCAGCUCUCUCAUCACAUGUUAGUAGUCUUCGUGUCUACUCGGACUCAAAGUCUCUCAUCCUGCUCUUGAAGUCUCAGGGACAAGAUGUUAGCUUGAAAGGCGUACUCCAUGAUAUCAAAAUCUUGGCGCGUUCUUUUGAAUCUAUCUCCUUUUGUUUUGUUCCGCGUUUAGCGAACUCUGUUGCUGAUUCUAUUGCUAAAACUGCUCUGUAUUCUCUGCACUCCUCUGUUCUUGUUACAGAGUAACUCUCCUUUAAUUAAUCAAGUACUAUUUUGAUCAAAAAAAAAAAAAAAAUUAUUCAACUAACAUUCAGGUCUUUUUUUUAAACAGUCAACUUUCACAAUCAAGACGAGACAAAGAUGCACGAGACCACAUAUUAAAACAUGCACCAGACACAAUGGACGAUUUAAAUAUCAUGUGGCAUUUAACAAACCGUGUUAGCAAUAAGCAACUAGCUGUAUAAAUCCAAAACCAAAUCUUUGGAAAUUUAUACUAGUUACGUGUGUGUUCAUUAAUAAACAAAAGCGAAGUCAAGUGUGUACUAAUUAACUAAAGAUAAUCAAUCUUGCAUAUUCUUCAAUCAACAUCACGUACACCUACUCUUAAUGUCUUUUUCUGUUUCUAUUUUUUCAUCUAGAUUCAAUAUUGUCAUCCUUACAAAGAUUUUAGGCACAAGAGUACAAGACUCAUCAACUUUUUCAUUUUAGGUUUAUAACUAGACGUGAGACUCAAAUUGCAGCUGAUAUACGUGGUGUACAAACGUUAUUACUCAUUCGUGCUCUUUUUUUUUUUCGUGCUCAUUCUUGAACAGAUCUAAUAAACUAUAAUAGUUUUAAUAGUAUCAUUUUGUAUUGUAUGCACUAAAACACGAAUACAAAGAUUAUGGUUAGCAAUAACUCUUUUGGAGGAGAAAGUGAAUCUUCGGUCUAGAGUUAUCUUAUCAAACGUUGGUCCAUGUAAGAGAGAUUAUAAACUGAAAAUAAAGAUUCAAAACUGUCACUGAGAUCCAAAAAAAAUCAAGAUUUAAGAAAACGAGAACCAAUAUACUCCUCAAGAAUUUUGGUCUUAUGUUAAUAUAAAAGAACUCUAAUCUUAUUGCAUCCUUCACCAAAAGAAACUAAUUCAACGUCUGAUUUGGUUGUAUGUUUAUGUAAACCCUUACAAAAAAAACUGAUGAUGAUUGAUGAUUAGUUUUGAUGAUCCAAAAUUAUUUCAACGUUUAAUUAUUCAGCUAACUUUCCCCUCUUUUUUCUUAAAAAAAAACAGUCAACUUUCACAACCAAAACGAACAAAGACGCACGAGACGACAUAUUAAAACAUGUACCAAAUCCAAUAGACAAUUUUAAUAUCACGUGGCAUUUAACAAACCGCGUUAGCACUUAAGCAGCUAGCUGUACAACUUUAAAACAAAAUCUUUGGACAUUUGUAUCCGGAUUUCAAAUGUGUACUAGUCAAGUGUCUGUUUAUAAAAAAAAACGAAAGUGAAGUCAAGUGUGUACUAGUUAACUAAAGAGAGUCGAUCUUUCAUUUUAUUCAAUCAACAUCACGAUUCACGUACUCUUGAUGGCUUGUUCUGUUUCUAUCGUUCAUUUAAAUUCUAUAAUGUCCUUCGAAAGCUUUAGGCACGAUAGACUCAUCAACAUUAUGCUUUCUCUAAGCUUAGAAUAAGACGUGAGACCUAAAUUGCAGCUGAUUUACGUGGUCUACAAACAUUAUCACUGAUUAAAGUUCAUUAGCAUAAUGUGUACCUAAUCAAAACACAUAAUCUUUGAAUAAAUCCAAUAAAUUAUAAUAGUUUGUGUGAUAUGCACUCCGAAAAGAAGCAUUUAAAGAUCCCUUGGUUUUGGUUAGCAAUAAUCUUUUGGAGGAGAAAGUGAAUCUUUGGUCUAGAGUUCUCUUACCAAGCAUUGGUCCAUGUAGCAAGAGAGAUUAUAAACUGAAAAUAAAGAUUCAAGACUGUCAUUGAGAUCCAAAAAAAAAAAUCAAGAUUUAAGAACACAAGAACCGAAAUAUUCCUCAAGAAUUUUGGUCUUAUGUUAUAUAAAAGAACUCUAAUCUUAUUGCAUCCUUCACCAAAAGAAACUAAUUCAACGUUUGAUUUGGUUGUAUGUUUAUGUAAACUCUAACCAAAAAAAGUAAUCAGACUGAUGAUUCUUAGUUUUGAUCAU